AUAACAAUAAAAAUAAAUACAAAUUAUGAAACUACACAAAAUAAGCAGAUUGUAUUAAAAUAAUGCAAAUUUUAAUAAAAUAGAAUAAAAGUAGAUUUUUUUCACAGCCAAGCAAACUAAAAGUUGUCCCUAAUGACGUCUUAUUACUGAUCUAUAACACAAGUGUUUAUGUGUUUAUGACCUACAGGUACUUCCUGUAUGUUCUUUUUUCCUGCAUUCACUUCAUGUCAGAGCUGAGUGGAGCUGUCCUUGGUCCUGAAACACUUCAGGCAUUUUCUCUCUCUCUCUCUCUCUCUCUCUCUCUCUCUCUUCCUCUCUCUCUCCCUCUCCCUCUCCCUCUCCCUCUCCCUCUCUUUCUCUCUCAGUGGUCUAUCUAUCUGCUCUGACUCAGUUAGUUCUGUUGGAGUCUGUUGCUCUGACGCACUGCUGCGUCGUCUCUUCGCUCCUUCAAGCUUCACUUUACAGUUUUUUCUGAAGGAAUUUUUGCAACCAAAUCGUCGGAGAGCAACACACACACCGUCCUUCUCUGCAGGUUUUCAUCCUCAACUUUGCAGCACAAUAUCUGCUUCAAGUGCAGGACACAGCUCUGAAAGAGAGGACAGAUCAAAAACAGAUUGCUUCUUGGACUUUUUCUUAAUUUUAACCACCUGUGCUGGAAGCUUCCCCCCCGCUGUCACCAUGAGCGCGUGCAGCAGGAAGGCCCUGACACUGCUGAGCAGCGUCUUUGCAAUCAGUGGCCUGGGGCUGCUGGGAGUGGCGGUCAGCACCGACUAUUGGUUGUAUCUGGAGGAGGGCGUCAUUAUGCCUCUGAACCAGAGCAUCGACAUCAAGACCUCGCUGCACUCGGGCCUCUGGAGAGUCUGCUUCCUGGCCGGUGACGAGUCUGGUCGCUGCUUCACCGUCGCCUACAUCAUGCCCAUGAACGUCCAGCUGACGUCAGAGUCCACAAUAAACGUGCUCAAGAUGAUCCGCUCAGCCACCCCGUUCCCUUUGGUCAGCCUCUUCUUCAUGUUCAUCGGCUUCGUCCUCAACAACAUCGGCCACGUCCGGCCUCACCGCACCAUCCUGGCGUUUGUCUCCGGGAUCUUCUUCAUCCUCUCAGGUCUGGCUCUGGUAGUGGGCCUGGUGCUGUACAUCUCCAGUAUAAAUGAUGAAAUGCUGAACAGGACUAGGAGCAGUGAGACCUUUUUUACCUACAAGUACGGCUGGUCCUUUGCCUUCUCUGCCAUCUCCUUCCUGCUCACUGAGAGUGCAGGCGUCAUGUCCGUCUACCUGUUCAUGAAGCGCUACUCAGCGGAGGAGAUCUACCAGCCUCGUCACCCCAGUUUCUACCGCCCUCGUCUCAGCAACUGCUCCGACCACUCGGGCCAGUUCCUCCACCCAGAGGCCUGGUCGCGUGGCCGAAGCCCCUCCGACAUCUCGAGUGAAGCUUCGUUGCAGAUGAGCGCCAGCUACCCUGCUCUCCUCAAGUGCCCCGACUAUGAUCAGGUCUCCUCUUCACCCUGCUGAGGGGGUCGGUCAACCUGAAGGUCACUGGGGUCACAACAAGGCCUAGAUACAACUUAGAUAUUUAACUGUGAGUUUGAUGUUUUUCAGGAAGAAACACAUGUGCAGCGUUGACUGUGAUGUAAGGACUUUGGAUAUAUUUCCAUCUGAGCCUCUUGUGGCUGUUUAUGAGGUCGGAGAUGCUUGUUGGGAAUGUGUUGUCGUAGCAGCUAGGUGGAGGCAAAGUCUGCAGGUUUUAAGAAAAAAACAAUACAUGGUUAUGGUGUUAUUCUUUCUGCAAAGGUUCUCAAAAAGGUCAAAUUUGAACUUUAUUUGAAAAGGGGAAAAAAAGUCAUGUAUUAUAUCUGUGUGUUUGACCCUCCAGUGCCUCAUAGCUGUUUUACUUUUUGUGAAUAUCUCGGCUUACUCAUUUCGCAAUAAAUAAACGCUCCUUAUGAUUUAGGACAUUUUUGUUCCGUUGCAGAAUUUAUGUAUCAUGUGAAACAGCAAAAGAGACUGGCAUGUGUGAUGCAAUGAAAGGACAAUCCAUCACCACUAUAACAACCACCAGACAGCAGGUGACAUCCAGGUGAAGUCCGGUCAACAAGCAUCCAGCCUGCUGAAGCGUCGUUGGGUUUGUAUCUCAUCUAGAGACGCUGUUUUGCCUCUUGGCAUCACAACAGUUAAUUUCCCCGUGUAAUCAAAUGAGGAGAAAGAGGUGCAUGAAUACGUCCAGACUGAACCAGCUAAGAUCAUACAGAUUUGUUUUAUAUAGAUUUUGAUAUAACAUGUGCAGCUGUUGGACAUUAUAUGAUGAGAGUUGGUGUAAAGAUGCAUUUUAAGUGCUGUUAUGAUGUAGCGACACUGUGCUUUAACAUAAAAACAUGUUUGGUACAGCGUGUGGGAGAAUUCAUCUGUAAAAUAAAUGUCUUCACAAAGUGAUUCUACAUUUAUCCACCAGGAGGCAGUGUUUUUUUGUCUUCUUUGCAGUGACAUAAAAUAAAAAUCAGGAUUGUCUUAACACUUUUCACACAGUUUAUAUCAUCACACAGAUUCCAAAUAUUCAAAAGUACUUUUAUAUCUUCAGUUGAUCCAGUGAUGCUGGUGGUGGUGGUGAAAACGGAUUACACUACUUAUUUUAUAAUACACUAAUAAUAUUAAACAUGUCUAUCAAAUCCUCAUAGUACAAGUCCUCUGUCACAACCCUUCAAGUAUAAAUGCUUUGUAAAUUUCAGUAAUCUAAACUGAUAAAAGGUUUCACGUUCAUAAAUUUACAGCAUCACUUCUCACCUCAGAGGUGAAAAUGUGUUUUUCAUUCAGGUAUCACAGUUCCUGAAUGAGGCGCAGGAGAACAUACUGUACAGUGGGAAGAUGUGAAAGUUGCUGCAUGUGUUGAUUUGGUCUGUUUAUAUUACAGGAGUGAUUAUCAGAUGUGAGGUAGAGGAAAUGCUGUAU